AUUCUCUUAAGCCUUGCACGGAGGUCUCGCUUCCCCCUCCACACAUCUCCAUCCCCGUCGGUCAGAUUGCACUGUAACUGAAACAGUCUGGAUCCACACAGCAUUUUUAAAGGUGAAUGUGGCAGUUGUUUCGUAGCAGCCGUUGCAGUCGCAGCUUUGCGCUGGUCUUCUGAGGAGGACAGCACCCGGCAAGGGCUCUGCUAGGCACUUCGAUGCCUUAGAGAUGGCUCUGGUGAUGUUUCUCAGAGUUGCGGUAACUUUUUCAGUCUUGUUCGCCACAUAUGUUAAUGGCGCAGCGUCAGACGGCACAUCCCUUCCACCAGGUGCGUGCUACUGGCGCCAAGGCAGCCUCGUAAAUCGCACGCCCACUGGGCCCGUGGAGCCCAUUGAAGAUUGCAGAUUCGUGGUCCGCGACCUAGAGUUUUUGGAUAUUCUGGGCCCGUCACCAAAGGUUGUUGAGCUGGUAAAGACAAACGCUCACGAAGGCGCUGUGUGGUACCCCGACAACAACGAGUUCUAUUUCUCGUCCGUGAGGUUGGAAGGUCCCAAUGGUGUCGUAAGAACAGACCUGAAGAAGGUCAACCUGAGGACGAGAGUUGUGACAACCUUGAGCGCGCCCCUAGACGAUGUCCCCAACGGAAUGGUGCUCGACAACGACGGUAAUCUCUUGGUCUGCCAGCAAGGAUCGAGGACCAAAGGGGGUUUCAUUCAGCGGAUUAACCUUAAGACCAUGGAAAAAACCGUGGUGGCAGACAACUGGUUCGGAGUACCGUUCAACAGCCCAAAUGACGCUGUGGUGAAGCGUGACGGGACGAUUUGGUUCACAGAUCCCAGCUACGGCAGUGUGCAGGGAUUCCGAGACGCGCCUAACGUGAAGAACCAGAUUUACAAGAUCAGUACCUCCGGCGUGGUGGAUGCCGUGGCGGAUGGAUUCACGCAGCCCAACGGACUUGCAUUCUCGCACGAUGAGAAGCGUCUUUAUGUUGCCGACUCUGGAUUUGCUCUUGGCUUGCAGGGGCAGUUCGAUAUUGCCAGGCCGCACUCGGUCACCGUCUUCGACGUGGGCACGGACGGCUUACUAACCAACCGCCGGCUGUUUGCCUCCGUUGCCGUUUACGACGGAAGCGGCCCAGGACUUGGAAUUCCUGAUGGUAUCAAGGUCGACACCGCGGAGCGCGUCUACAUCGGAACCGUGGACGGAGUCCAAGUAUUCAGCCACUCGGGGAAACCCCUGGGUCUCAUCCGCCAACCUGGUGUACCCAACAUGGGAUUUGCGGGAAAACGGCUGAACACGCUAUACAUGCUGAACGACACAACCAUCUCCUUCACCAAGCUUAAGGUUAGAGCCGCGGGACUCGCAUACGCCAGCAGUCGACCUUGGUAGCAGUCUAAGUCAGGUUUCUGAUAGCUUGGAUUUUAGUUGUAGAAGCCCCGAACUUGGCUUCGGAAACAUUCCUGAAGCACAUGCUGCAUCUGCACACGCGCUCCCAAUGUCGGCUCACAUGAGGCGUGCAGGCUGUGAUGAUCUUGGACCCUGUGGGCCCCGGGAUUUCAAUAAUGAAAGGACUCCUUGAUUCUGAGUUUUCCAUCUA